UAAUUCCGUAGGUCACAGCUGACUUGUUUUCCAUGAACUCAAACAAAGAGUCCCACGGACGCGUUAUUUCGCCCCAGUGUUGUGCGGAUACGAGGAAGGCGUGGCCACUAAUCAAAGUGAGAGUUUCCUGGGAGCCAGUGCGCUCCCUGCUUUAGUUUCUGGUCGCAGAACAGUUGAGUCAGUGAGCGGGACCGGAGCUGCUGCUGCUGCUGCUGCGCGUCGGACACGUUUGGAUAAAAAAGGCGCACCGCUGUGGCGCAUGUUUCUGCCCGUUUCUCCUCGUCGCGUCUCCACUCGGAUGCUGGAUGCAACGAUCCUCCAUCUCCUCCUCCUCCUCCUCAGCCGUCGUGGUGACACAAACGCACGUCUGACGGACCAGCCAUGGACAGUCUAGGCAGCCGCUGUAAGAUCGUGGUGGUCGGAGACGCGCAGUGUGGCAAGACGGCGCUGCUGCACGUUUUCGCCAAGGACUGCUACCCAGAGAACUAUGUGCCAACAGUGUUUGAGAACUACACAGCCAGCUUUGAGAUCGAGAAGCACCGGAUCGAGCUGAAUAUGUGGGACACGUCAGAUAUGGUGAAGGUUCCUGGGGAAGAUUCCCUGCCGCUUCGACUCGAGACUAAUACCCCAUUAAAAGGUUCCUCUUAUUACGACAACGUGAGGCCGCUGGCGUAUCCGGAUUCAGAUGCGGUUCUCAUCUGUUUCGACAUCAGCCGCCCAGAGACUCUGGACAGUGUCAUAAAGAAGUGGCAGGGGGAGACGCAAGAGUUCUGCCCCAACGCCAAGGUGGUUCUGGUGGGCUGCAAGCUGGACAUGAGGACGGACGUCAACACGCUGAGGGAGCUGUCCAAGCAGCGGCUCAUCCCCGUCACCCACGAACAGGGCAGCACCAUAGCCCGGCAGAUGGGGGCGGUGGCCUACGUCGAGUGCACCUCCAAGGUUUCCGAGAACAGCGUCCGGGAUGUGUUCCACAUCACCACCUUGGCGUCGGUGCGGCGGCCACACAAGCCGCAGCUGAAGCGCAGCAGCAGCCGCAGAGGCCUGAAGCGAGUGUCGCAGCUCCCACUGCCGCCUCUGCCGGGUCGGACUGAGCAAAUGGACCAGGCUCCGGCCAUGAGGAAGGACCGGGCCAAGAGCUGCGUGCUCAUGUAGAGACCCACCUCAUCAGUAUAAAUAUAUAUAUGUAUAUACAUAAACACAGAAAUAUAUAAAAGAGGAAGUCUAUUUAUUAUUUGGUGGUUUUUUUUUUCUCGUAUUUUCAUUUUUUGCACUGCAGAGGAGAUGGAGACGAGAAACACUGCACUGUGGAAACAAAUGCUUUGGAUUUUUUUUUUCUUUUUGUUUUUUGUUGUUGCGUGUGUGCAUAUUUUACAAGCUGUUUACAUAUUUGUGUUGCUUUGAAAUGAUGGCAAACUGGACUAACGCUCCGGACACGAGGAGGCUGUGAUAGCGGAAGUGCCGUUGAGUCCGCGGGAAUUAAAGUGGAAUUAAUUUCCUGAAACCGCUCUAAUAAGACGACGGAACAGCGACGGAGAAGCUCGUUUUCAAAGACGGUGUUGUUCAGCAGGCUUCGCAAGUAAUUGUCUGGCUGCGCCAUCUGAAGCUGCCAUAUUGAAGAGGAAAACCGGCGCCUACAGUGAUGCUGAAAAGGGAUUCUAGUGAUCAGGUGAAUGACGGCUCAUCGAGAAGCUGGAAAUGAGAUUCUGUGAAACGUGGUGGAGGUGUGAGUGUUACUACCACAAGUGCAUUUUAGAAAAAGAAAGAAGACAGACACCAGAUCUUAUUUUUGCCCAUUUAACACUAUUUUUCUCAUCAACUCCAGUCGUGUCAGUUGGAUUCACUGAAAUUAAUGCUGUUGUUUCUUUGUGACAAAUAAAGUGGUAAAAUGUUAGGGCUAUUUUGUUGUACUUUCACUAAAGUCUAAAAUAAAGCAACAGCUUGACUGUA